CACAUGGGUCCCUCCUUCCAGCGAGCGUGUGAGUGUUCCGGCACCGGUGGAGCACUAUAAAGAAAGCCCAUGCCCCAGCAGAGCAGCAUCGCACCGCCGAAAACCCAACAUUGCUUCCCAAAGCCUGAACCAGACCCAGCUUUCCUCCGUCCUCUAGUUAACAUCCCCUGAGCACAGCUGCAGUAGGCACCCUCCCCCUCCACCACACAAAUAGUCGCCCAUCCUUCCUCCUUCCUGCACUUUUGCAAAGAAGUGCAGGACCUCGAAGCCAUGGAUGCCAAGAAGACCCUGAAGAAACCGGUCUCAUCAAACCAGGGUGCUGAGAAAGGCGAUGAACCGCAAGAAAGAACCCGCCCAUCCCAUUGCCAGCAGCUGGGAGACGAUUGCAGAUGAAGCGGUGAGGAAAGCAGUGUUCAAGCUAGUCUCGGCGGGCUGUAGGACGCCCGAGCUCGCACUUGAGGUGGCCAAGGAGCUUGUUCAAUCCAUCGUCGAACAAACAAGAAGCAGCUCUGAUGGCGAGAGCUCCAAGGCCAUGGACGAGGAAGGCUACAACGCUACUGUGCAAUGCUCAUUCGACCUCAACGUGGCUAUAAAAAAAGAGGGAGAUGACUCGGCAGAAUCUGGGUUGCUAGAAUCUGUGCUGAAGGCGUCGCUCGAGGGGAAUGCCCAGUUGCCAUACGCCCCAAAUGUUGAUCCAAAUCAGGCAGAAGCAUCAGCACCUCACUCUGCAACAGCGCCGCUACAAGCUCUCCUCGGCUUGCCCAGCUUCGUCGUGGUCUAUAACGGCAUGUUUGUGCACAGCAUUAAACUUCCUGCAGCAUUCAGCGCGUCCAACUUUUCAGAGGUACACCCUUCCGUAGUACUGCGUGGAGAGCAUUCAGCGCGUCCAACUUUUCAGAGAUACACCCUUCUGUAGUACUGCGUGGAGACAGUGUGGUCGAGACCCUAGUCAGAGUUGACACGUUGGACGGUAGCAUCCAUUUCAUGGACGGGUGGUCUGAUUUUGUAGCAUCUGAGCGCAUUGUCACGGGUGACAUAGGUCACUUUGUGCUGGUUGAGCCUCAUAGACUUGUGAUGAACCUAUAGGGACCAGAUGGAGAGUUAAGGCCCUUGGCUUCUCGCCCACUAGUCUGGAACUUGUUCCUUGCUUACGGCAAUCAGGUGGACGCACAGCAGCCUGUAGGUGGUCAUGGUCGAGCUCCAGAAAUAGUCGGCUCUCCGGAAAAUGCAGCUCAAGACCACGUUGGUGAGUCAUAAAUGGUGCUCAGUUCAUCUCCUUAACAGCAAAA